GAGCUGCCACUGGCAGCAGCAGGAGCUCUCUUUUCAUUGAAAGAGAGGGAGGGCGCUGGAGCCGGGCCGCACCACUGCCGCGGAAUAGGGGAUCAGGCACAGCUCAGCCCAUGUCGCACUCACGUUGUUGCUAACAUACGGGUAAUCUCAGCAGCCGCGGCGGUGCCCUCUCCGCUCCGGGAGCCCGUCACCGGCCGGGGUGUGCAGGGCGAAGAGGACGUGGCUUUUGGCGGGAGUUGGCUUAGUGUACCCUUCCCCUGUGCUGGUGCUGCUGCUGGUGGGACUCAGCCGGAGGAGGAGGGAGCCUGGCAGGCGGGAGAGGGAGCAGCGGGCUGGGGUGUAUAGGCUGCGGUGCUGCUGCUGAGCGAUAACAACACAGCCAGAUCAUAAAAAGUCCAGACUUGGAAGAGUUGUGGUGUUUGUUGUCCAUUGCUUUGUUUACUGAUCCAAAAAAAUGACACGUGAUUACAAACCUGGGGAUUUAAUCUUUGCCAAGAUGAAAGGGUACCCUCACUGGCCUGCCAGGGUGGAUGAACUUCCUGAUGGGGCUGUGAAAUCUCCUACAAAUAAAAUGCCUAUCUUCUUUUUUGGCACCCACGAAACAGCAUUCUUGGGACCAAAGGACAUGUUCCCAUAUGAUGAAAACAAGGAGAAGUAUGGCAAACCUAAUAAGCGAAAGGGAUUCAAUGAGGGUUUAUGGGAAAUUGACAAUAAUCCUAGAGUUAAGUUCUCAAAUCCACAGAACUAUCUGUCUAUUGCCGAUGCUGCUGAGCAAGAAGCAGAAGAAGGACAAAUGGAAGAAGACUUAGAGGAAAAUGAGGAUAAGAUGCCACAUAAAAAAAGGAGAAGCGCAGCAUCAAAGAUUUCAAGCAAACACUCUGAUACAUCUUCUAGUGGACUUGGGUCUCCAGAAAAAGAUCUGAAUAUCUCCAAAGAGGACAUCAGUGACCAUCCUGGCAGUGAAGAUGCCACUGCUCCAAGUGAUCCUCCUGUUGUAGUUAAAGGUAGAAGAGGAAGGAAGAGAAAGGUGGAUAUUAUGGCGGAGGCUGAGCAAGAUGUAGUUGCUGCUUCGCUGACACAACCGAAGCAAAGUCCUAAGAGUGGAAGACCAGAUGCCACAGAUGUCAAAGUUCCUAAGCCUAGAGGAAGACCAAGGUUAAUAAGGACACCUCCCUCUCCAGACCAUGAGCUCACAAAUGAGGAGGAUCAGAGCAAGAAGAAAGUCCCAGAAAAUAAACUCCAAAAGCAACCUGUUAGAAAGGAUGAGGAGUUCACAAAAGAGGAGGAUGAAAAGCAGAGAAGAGAGGCCAACAAAAAAGAAGAUGAAACUAAAAAGAAAAUUGCAGGCAAAGUUGAUUCUCCUUCUGACUCUGAAGAUGAGGAACAGAAAGACGGAAAGAAGGGCAAAGUUGGAAAACCCUCCCAGACCGCUCAAAAGCGUGGUUUAAAGACAGUGCAGGAAAAAGAAGUUGGGGAUAAAAAACGAAAACAAGAAGAUACUGUUGAACUGGAAAGUCACAAUAAGGAUGAUAUGAAAAAAGCAGAGGUCAAGAAAUUUGACAGGAAAAAAGAAACAUCCACAGAUGCCAGACUUCAAAGGAUACAUGCGGAAAUAAAGAACUCCUUAAAGAUUGACCACCAGUUUUCAUGUGUUUUUGUGCAGGAUGUUAACAGAUGUAUUAGUGCACUGGAUGAGCUGGCAUCUCUCCAGGUCAGCAUGCAGCAUGCUCAGAAGCACACAGAUAUGAUCACUACCCUGAAAAAAAUUCGUCGGUUUAAAGCUAGCCAGGUGGUAAUGGAUAAAGCCACCAUGCUUUACAACAAGUUCAAGAAUAUGUUUCUGGUUGGAGAAGGAGACUCCAUAAUAACUCAGGUUCUUAACAAGUCUCUAGCAGAACAGAAGCAGCAAGAAGAAGCCAAUAAGAAUAAGGAGCCAGGAAAGAGGGGACCUCACAAGAAGAUGGAAAAAGAACAGAGCGCAGAUACAGAGACGGUUAAUGGUGGACGGGAAACGCAAGACCAAGUACAACAGAAUGGAGACAGUAGUGAGGAAAACGAAGAUAAAGAUGACAAGACCCGAAAAUGUGGUCCAAAAGGUACCGAGCAAAAUAAACACACCAGCGAUGAUUCCGCCUCAGAUGACUAGUGGCGGGACAAGACCUGCCUCUCUGCAAGAGUUGUCAGCAGUUGGAAAACUGCCCUAAGUAUUUUAAAGAAUUUUUAUAUCUGCAGUAUUUGGGGAUUUGACGUGAAGGACUGUUUGACUUGGGCAAGACACUCUUUUAUUUGGGAAGGAGAGUUUUUCUUUCAGUGUUGCCUAUAAUGCUGUUCUACAUGCUCCGCUGUUGUGUUUCAGAUCUGCUAAGAACUUUUGUAGUUAAGCUGCCGUUCUAGAAUUUUGUGCUUCUAUUUACACUUUUCCAUACUAUUACACUGCAGGUGAGUUGUCACUAAUAUGGCUGCUGUACAGCAUGCACUAAACUUUCUCACCUUUGUGUCUGUUUGGACAUAUAGGAAACUGCAAUACAGGUCACAGUUUUCCUACAGAUAGUUUCCAAGAGUACGAUACACAAAGACACAAACAAUGCUGAGAGCCAGUGUUCAAUAUGCGACUUGAAACUGUUGCUAUGGCUGCUUACUGGGGAACUUACUGUAUUUCAGCUAAAGGCAGCAAUAACAAACAAGACACCUGCAGUAAAUAACAAUGUACAAUAUUCCAGCAGAGGACUUCAUGCUGGCAGAUGCAUGAAACGUGUAUUGUGUAGUGAGUGCUCUAUAUAGUCACUUCUCUUUGAUGUUACAGCCUUUGUGCGAGCAAGCACAGGUUUUCCUUAUUAGCAGAUAAUGCCAGUAACAUAUAAGGGGAGGAAACUACACAUACUUUUAGAAAAGUAUCACUUUGUUUUUCCAUGAAUUAACAUUGGUUUUUCAAUGUUGUGAGGUAUUUUGCUUCCAAAGAGCAAUACAAUAAUACAGUCAAUUUAACAAUGUUAUGAAUGGUUUUCUGGAAGCUUGUGAUAUCUCUUCUGUCACACAGGGUGUCAGUGUUCACCAGUGGAACCAGUAUUUCUACACAUGCAAAUGUGAAAUUACAACAAACUAGUAUGGGAUUAAUUUUAAGUAUGCAGAAAUGGAAUUCACCUUAUUCUUCUCAAACCUGUUUCUCCACCUCCUUUAUUAGUCUACUACAAGGGUGGGGAACCUUUGGCCCUCCAGCUGUUGUUGAACUACACAUGCCAGCAUGCCUUGCUACAGUUUUGCUAUUUGGCUAUGCUAAAACUGUUGCAGGGCAUGCUGGGAUGUGUAGUUGAACAACAGCUGGAGGGCCGAAGGUUCCCCAUCCCCGGUCUACUAGAUACUGCUUUUGUCUUAGGAAGCUCUUCUAGAGGAGCUCUCACCAUACACUAUAUUAUUAGUAAUAGUAUAUGUGUUCUCUAUUAAUUCCAUGUGGUAUUUGUGCAGAUAAUUAAGAAAAGUUUGGUAUAUUUUUUUAUAUAGCAGUUAAAAAUGUUAGGUAAGUAGACCUGAAAUGCUUUUUUGUUUUUUAAUGUGUUUUGUUUAAAAUGGUUAUAUGGUUACACUGUGAAAAGUGUUUCUGCUAUGUAAAUAUUAUGCAGUGUCAGGUAUUUUGUUGUGCUUUUGUAUUGAAGGCUUAAAUAAACCUUGCAAAAACGUCUGAGAUUA